AUGCAGUUUGAGAAAAUCGACCUGAGAGGCAAUCACAAGCCAGGACCGGGUCGAGAAGGAUGGGAGCUGAGUGAGCACGCGAUUGAAUCCCUUGUUUUGUCGGUCGAGAAUAUCACUCACCUUGACUUACGGGGAAACCGGCUGAACGCGGCGUUUGGCUGGAAGCUCAUCAAGGCCAUGAAAAAGAAAUAUCUGAAUCUCGAAUUCUGCAAUGGGAUUCCCCUGCGGGCACUGCGCAUGAAUUCUAUCCAGGUCUUGGAUCUGUCACCACGUGCAAGCCAUGUGGGAAUGCCAUGGACAGAAGACUCAAAAGAAGCGGCCAUCGAGUUUGCGAACCGAGGGAUGUAUGGCAUCGAAGUUGUCGGUGCAAUAUUUUUAGCACAUUUCCUGCGCCUGAACACAUCGCUCAUCAGCUUCAACUUCAGGUUGAAUCAUGUCGAGAAGGAUGGUGCCAAGGCUCUGGCCCAGAGCUUGCUUGGCAACGCACAGACCCUUCUACAAACUGUAAAUACAAUGGGCCCCACCAAAAUGAAGCCCGGGAUCAACUUUUCUCACUUCAAGACCGGCCAGUUGACCACAGUGGACUUGUCGAAGCGAGGCAUGGAUGACGAUGACUUUGUUUUCCUAGAGGAGUGGCUGCGUCGCUACGAUUGUGUCACUGAGCUGAACAUCUCUUGGAAUUUCAUGUCGCGUGACGGCAUUCGAAAGUUGACCCGCCACAUCAAGGAGACGACGAGGUUGACCAAGCUCAACUGCGUGGGCCUUCCGGUCACGCUGGAGGGGUCAUCACUGCUUGCGCGGGCAGUGAUCGAAAAUCACACGCUUGUCCAAGUGGCGCUGCCCCUGGGACACUGCCACGAUACUCCGGAGCGUCAGCAGAUGCUGCAACAGCUGGGAGUUGGCCUGGCUAGCCACCCGUCCUUGCAGAGCUUCGCAUGCACCCGCACCCCGAACUUGGAGUACGCAUCUUUGCAGGAUGCCAAAGAGAACAAGGUCCGAGCAUUCCCUCCGGAACGGAGUGGUGGAUGGCCUCGGGCGCAGAUGGCAGUCUACAUGUGGCUGCUAUCUGCCAGCAAAGCAGAGCUGGAGAGGUUUGCCUUGGGGCCCAGUGCCAAACCGAAAGUGGAGUAUCCAAGAGAAGCGUGCCAAGGCGCAAGUCCGGAUCUGAUUCCAGCGAGUCUGGGUCUGAUGCACAGUGCCGGGCACAUGCUUCGUCAGGUAUCGAUUGCACUACCUCUAGGGUAUGGCCUGCGGUCGAUGGAGCUUCUUCGGGUCUUAACAGUCUGCACGUCCUUGGCCAGCUUGAAAAUAUUGGGUUUCGCUUCAGCUGUCCUGAAGGAUUCGCAACUGCCGCCUGAAUGGACUUCUGUUGGCAGCGCGCCUCGCUGGCUUGUUGACGACAGGCUACAGCGUAAGAGGAUCCACUGGCAAGCUCUCCAUGGCCUGCUGUCGGCCCUCCCUCACUUAGAGCAGUUCAAUGACUUGGCGCUGGGCGGGCCGAACAUGAGAGAGUCGCCAGAGCUAACCUGCCUUCUCUUGAUGCAAUGUUUGGAAGGUGUGGCCACUGAAUUAACAGAUGGUGGUGGAAGUGGAGAAGCUUUGCUGAAGGCAAGUCUUCAAGCUGAAGCCGAUGUUGAUGCCUUUUGUGACGUUCUACGGAUCUUGAGUCGAACUCCCCUUCUCAUCGAUCUGAACUUUUCUGACAGACGUGCAGAGACAGUCAAGGCGCAGCAGGCUCGCCUGGGACCGCAUCUGUCCACGCACGCUGAAGGCAAGUACCUCGAUUGA